AUGAUUUCCUAUAGCUUGGCAGAGCUAUCUACAGAUUCCUCUGCGACCUACGAUCCUCCUGGUACCUUUAUAGAAAUCGACGAUAGAAAUCCGACGAUGUCAAGAUUUCAACGCGCAUUCAAGGAUGCUCCAAAGUAUUUCAAGGUCGCUUUAUCAGAAAAACGACAAAACGGUAGUAGCGUAACGAUCAUUUUGAAUGAUUCGAAUAUGGAUCUUUUGAUGGAUUGA